CAUAUACAUGAAUACUACAAACCAAGUAACAUUACUAUGAAGUGCGUUACAAUUGUAGUGAUUCUUCAUUCGCUUUUAGAAAUAUCCUGUUGGAAAUACUUUACGUCCUUGAGUGAUUUAACAUUAACCGGGUCAGAUAAAGAUUUCGAUGUAAUGCACAGUGAAUAUACUUUUGGUAACUGUCAAGAAGGGAAUAUAAAAUUUUUCGUCCACGUCCACAAGGAUCACAUGGAUGUGUUAGGAAAACUUAUUAUUAGGGAGUGGCUGAAUAUACGGAGAAUACCAACAUGUAUAGUAUUGAGAGCUACCUCCUUCGAGAUUGACAUGUUCCGGAGUACGGCUUACGCAUUUCAAAUUUGCAUCCCGAGAAUUACUUAUUGUCAUUCACAAAAACGCUUCAAAUACUUCUAUUACGAAUGGUACAUCCCGAAAGAAAUGAUUGGUGGUAUGAAUUGGGACAUAUAUUUCUAUGGACCAGAGGGUGUGGUAUAUCAAUGAAUGUGACAUAUACAUGAAUUUGUAAUUAUCAAACGAUUGAAUAUAA